AUGAUGAAGAUUAUCAACACCUUUUCCUCUGGAAAACCUGACGCUUGGAAGGGAUAUCAUGACAGUGACUAAAUGGUCUCCAAAUUUACGUCCAGAGGAGGACUCCCCUAUUGUUCCGGUUUGGAUCACUAUACCCAAUCUUCCUAUUCAUUUACAUGAUCAGAAGGCUCUCUUUUGUAUUACCCCCACACUAGGUAAACCCUUGAAAGUUGAUAACGCCACCCUCACCUUCGCUAGACCCAAAGCUGCUAGGGUUUGCAUUGAAGUGGAUGUCUCAAAGACACUACAUCAGCGUAUUCAUGUUAAGCACGUUGAUGAAGAUCUCUUCUUUCAAGUUCUCUAUGAGGAUCCCCCAUCCUUUUGCUCUUCCUGCCAUCGUUUGGGUCACACCCCUAAUUCUUGCAAACCGGAAAAGCUUCCGGAAAGGCAAGUGGUGGAUGAUGUUCCUCCCAUGAAGGAUAAGGGCAAAGGGGUUUUGAAUGAUUGGACCACUGUGCAUCGUAUGGGCAAGCCUCCAAAAUCAAAAGUUACGUGGGUUCAAAAGCCCUUCAUGCCACAAGUCAAUCCAUGCAUGCCAUGCCAUGAGGAAUCUUUUAAGGCUGGUGCUAGGCGUAGGCCCGAGGUUCAUUUCAUUGGGUCAAAAGAGGUGAUUUUUCUGGACAAUAAUGGCCUUGCCUAUAUCUUUUUUGAUCCUACUAAUCCUGUAGUUGAGCCCACCUCUAGUCAGAACGUCUCUCUUGAUUUGGUCAAAGAAGCAGAAGAGGAAGCAUCCAAAGCAGAAAUCCUCUUUGAAGAGAAUCCCUCUUCUGAAAAUAAAAUCCUCCUUAACCAAAGGAAAGCACACCUUGCAGAGAUGACCAACAGGGAAUUUAUUUUUUGGAAACAGAAAUGCAAUCUUAAAUGGCUUCAAGAGGGAGAUGCUAAUACUAGAUUUUUCCAUAACUUGGUUAAAAAUAGAAGGAGGCAUCAACAGAUUAAUUGGCUACUUAAUGAUGAGGGUAAAAUCGUUGACAAGCCUGAUGAGAUGGAAAAGCUUGUUGUUCAUCAUUAUACCACCCUACUGAAUCAGGCAGAACCAUCUGCUUCUCCUGAUCUCUAUGAACAAUUCCUUGAUGCCAUCCCUUCCUUGGUUGAUCAAAGGCAUAAUGAUUACCUUAUGUGUCUACCUACUGAAGAGGAGAUCAAACUUAUCAUUUGGGAAAUGGAUCCUAAUUCAGCAGCUGGCCCAGAUGACAAUGGGCUAUGGGCUAAGCUUAUGAGGGCUAAAUACUGGAGAAAUGGAGACAUCUUUGAGACUCUAACAGAUUCUUUUGUUUGGAAGAGGAUUUCUAGGGCUAAUGAAACUGCGUCCAAUGCUUGUUCCUUCAAUGAAGAUGGUUCAGUGGUCUGGUCUCCUGAGGCCAAUGGAUUAUUUUCCAUCAAAUCUGCUUUUGAUCUCUGCAGACCUGCAUCUCCUAGUGCUGCCUCCUUCAAACACCUUUGGAUGAAACCACAAAAUGCUAAGGUAGGGGUUUUCACUUGGAAACUAUUCAAACGCUGCCUUCCUUUACCAGAAUAUCUCCAAAGAUUAGGCUUCCAGCUGCCCUCUAUCUGUCCUUUCUGUAAGGAGGAUUCACUCAUCUCCAAACAUGUUUUCAUUGACUCCCCACAAAUUAUGGAGAUAUGGAGAUAUUUUUCAGCAUGCCUUGGUUUUCUGCACAGCUCUUCGUCCUCCAUUAACCAACAUUUCAUGAAUUGGUGGCUGAGAGGUAACAACAACAACAACAUUCAUGGUUUUUUGCGUUUGCAUCUCCCUGGGAUCAUUUGUUGGCACAUUUGGAAAGAACUGAAUGAUCUCCUUUAUGAAAACAAAUCUGCACUCAACCUUCGAUCACUCGUUGAGUCCAUCUCCAUGUUUGUGAGACAAUGGCUCCUCGUAAAAACCCCCAAAAGGCUCUGGACUACUUAUCCGUGGCUCGCUGCAAAACAGUUGCUGCCUUCUUUCCCUAAGGCCCCUAAAGUACGCGUUGUCAAAUGGUUAGCUCCUUCAAAGGGACGUCUUAAGAUCAACAUUGAUGCAUCUUUCACUCCCAUGUCCAGAAGAGGUGCAGCUAUUUUGCGUGAUGACGAGGGUAGAUUUGUGCGUGCAGCUUCGUUCCUCAUUUCAGGCUCCACCCCUUACCAAGCUGAACUGGAUGCAGCAAUCAAAGGAAUUCAAUGGGCACUUUCGUUUCAUCCCUUGCUCGUUUAUGAAACGGAUGCCUUGGAAAUUUUAAGGAGACUUGGCCAUUACACUCAUUACGCUUUCUCUCCUUUCCCGAUUGACAUUCUGGCCAAACUAAUUUUUGAGAAUGAUAUAUUGAAAUCACAUACUCUUCGGGAGGGUAAUCAUCCUGCAGAUCUUUUGGCUAAGGAGGAUAGAUUAAAAGAUUGUUCUCUCAUUUAAUAUUGUAAUUUUAAUAACUGUCCUUCUUCUGUAAUGGCCGCUCUUUUGAAUGAGCGCCUUCCUUCUUUCCGUUUUCAUUAAUAAAACUUCCCCUUUUUU